ACUACGGUGAGACGCGAGCGCGCAUGAAGAAAAACUGCUACACUGUAGCGAACGACGUUCGAACAACACAAACUCACGCGAAACGGACAAUAACUAAGUGGCUGUGGCCAGCGACAAGAACACAAUUUUUGUUUACACAUCACAAACGCGCCCUAGUGGUCGCAUGCCACCACGAUAUCUAUGCCGCGGAAUUGCCGCGUACAGUGUCGCACGCCGGAUUCGGUGAAAAUGUCUCGCCCGAAAACGCUAUCGAGAAAACUAUGGAAUUAAAGAGACUUGGAGAUAAGUGGAUAAGCAACAGUUGCGACUUUCGUUCGCGGUCACAUUGUCGUCAUCACCGAUAAGCACAUAUGAACGACUAGAUAACGUAUAUUAGUAAUGUCUUGCUGCUAAGAAUUGCCAAGCCCAACAUAGAAUAAAGAUUUUCUCUUGCUUAUCUACUUGUCGAUGGGGAUAAACUUUUAACUGCUGCAACUUGCAACUGUGUGGAUUAGCCUUGAUCGGAAGUCGAAAAUGUGAAAUUAAUUUGAAUGUAAAAUAUCACUCAAGUACACUAUUUUAUCGAUUUUUAACAAUGCCUUGGAACAUUUUUUAAUGAACCGUCAUUGAUAACAAAUAAAACUCAUAUUUAUUUUUAUUUUAUCGCUUGUUCUACACAAGUGCCCUUCACACGAGCUCGGCUUAAACAUCUGAAAACUAAUAUAUUUUUCAUUAUGAUUCUUAUCAAACUUAGUCCAAAUAAUGGCUAAAUGUUAUGCUAAAUUUAUAAAUAUUAUCAAACCAUAAAAUUUAACAAUAUUAAUAACCAUUUAUGAAAACUUAAUUAUAUUUUUCA